AUGGCAGCUAAGGUAUGGGAGAGCCGAUGGCUCCGAGGCCUGGAGGUCGCGGCGACAAGGAUGAAAAUGGCAGUGGCAGCUGCGGUUGUGGCGGUCGUGGCAGCUGCGGCCCGAUUUGCGGCAGUGGCUGCUCUGGGUGCGGAUCAUGUCGUGGCUGCACCGGCUGCGGCUGUGGUGGCUGCAGUGGUGGCUGUGGGUGCAGUGGAUGUGGUGGUUGCAGCUCUGGCUGUGGCUGCAGCGGCUGUGGCUGCGGCGGCUGUGGAUCAUCGUGCGGAGGCUGCGGCCCAUGCUGCGGUGGGUGCGGCCCUUGCAGAGGCGGAUGUGGUGGAUGCGGCCCAUGUGGCAGUUGUGGCGGAGGUCCGUGUGGUGGCUGCGGAGGCGGAUGCGGAGGAUGCGGUGGCUGCGGAUGCGGCUGCAAAGGCUGCGGUGGCAACUGCGGGUGCGGUCCAAGUUGCGGAGGCUGCCGCGGCUGCGGAUGUGGUGGAGGAUGCGGAAGCUGUGGCUGUGGCGGCUGCAGUUGCGGCAGCUGUGGAGGCUGCGGUUGUGGAGGCUGCGGCGGCUGUGGAGGCUGCGGAGGCUGUGGAGGAUGUGGAGGGGGUUGUGGCGGCUGUGGUGGUUGCGGAUGCGGAGGCUGUGGAGGCGGAUGCUGCGGAAACUGCGGUUGCGGAGGUUGUGGUGGAGGAUGUCGUUGUGGGGGAUGCGGCUGCGGGGGCUGCGGAUGCGGUUGCGGCGGGUGUGGAGGUUGUGGCAGUUGCUCCGGCUGUGGCUGCUGCGGCGGUGGAUGUUGCGGAGGCUGCGGCUGCAAAGGAGGAUGUGGCUGCUCAAACAUGGGACCUGGCAUGGGCGGCAAGGGCAUGGGCAUGUGACGACAGCACGCUACCUGAAGAAGGACUUGAGAGUAUGCCCAGGAUUUGA